AUGUACCGAUCCAUGAUCCCAGCCAUGCCUGUCCCGAACCUGACCAGCAGUGUCUUGACCUGGAACCCGCCUAUCCCGCAGCUUGCACCAAUCCCUUCCGACUCUGAUGACGAGCCAGAGGACCACCCGGAUGAUGAUGACCCCGAAGAAUUGGAUGAAGAGUCCUCCUUCGGCGGCCAUAACCCCGUGGCCACCCAGCGCUCAUCAUACCCCCAUUUCCCCACCCCUCCUUGCAUGAGCCAUCGCCCAAGCACGUUCUCGACUCCGUUGCCUGUAACCCUCACACAGCCUCUCACAGACAGUCCACGGAGUUCGUUGAGAUGCAACGCAACGCACCCCAAACUAGCAUCGCUCACCGCGCUCCCACAAAACGCCAUCCUCAGCUCCCUCAACUGCGGCAACCCCAAAGCAACAACCUCUGUCGCGGUAUCCGACAAGGCACAACAGAAACUCAAAUCCAAAUGCGUCAGCCCCCUCGCGGCCCCGACCAACGCUACCACGGAAUUAUCCGUCAAGUAG